GACGGCCCUUUGCUCGCAACGCCCGCCUGUUCGCACGUCCGGCUGCCACACACGUCCGCUGAUGCGCGGCCUCUGUGUAUACCGCCCCGGCUGGCGGCCCGUCGCCCGCCUCGCCUCGCCCUGUACCCGGCGCGGGCGCGCCACUUUUGCGCGGCUCAAGUCGCGCGCCCACGCCGCGGCCACGACGCCCAUCGAGACGCUCACGGCCAAAUGGCAGCCGCACUGGGACAAACUGGCGGCGAGUGGAGAGGAGCCGGCGCCGACCAAGGGCAAGGCCUACGUGCUGCCCAUGUUCCCGUACCCGUCGGGCACCCUGCACCUGGGGCACCUGCGCGUCUACACCAUCUCCGACGUCCUGGCCCGCUUCAAGCGCAUGCAGGGCUACGACGUGCUGCACCCCAUCGGCUGGGACGCCUUUGGCCUGCCCGCCGAGAACGCUGCCAUGGAGCGUGGCGUGCACCCGGAGAAGUGGACUCUGCAGAACAUCGCCGCCAUGAAGGCCCAGAUGCAGCUCAUGGGCGGCCGCUGGGAUUGGCACUCGGAACUCCGCACAUGUGACCCCGACUUCUACAAGCACACCCAGCGCAUCUUCCUCAUGCUCCACGAGCGCGGCCUGGCCUACCAAGCCGAGUCGCUCGUCAAUUACGACCCCGUCGACAAGACCGUCCUCGCCAACGAGCAGGUCGACGCCAAUGGCUGCUCGUGGCGCUCGGGCGCCAAGGUCGAGAAGCUCAUGCUCAAGCAGUGGUUUCUGAAGAUCAAGGAGUUCCAGGAGCCGCUGCUGAAGGAUUUGGACGCCCUGGCCAAGGACGGACGGUGGCCGGAGAAGGUCCUGGCCAUGCAGAGGAACUGGAUCGGCAGGUCCGAGGGCACAAACCUGUGGUUCGACAUCGACGGCGCGCAGUUCGACCCCGUUGAAGUCUACACCACGCGCGCAGACACCUUGCUCGGCGUGCAGUACCUCGCCCUGUCGCUCACCCACCCCAUCGUCACGCGCCUGGCUGCAGAAGACGAGGCCCUGCGAGACUUUAUAUCACGUGCAAAGGACCUGCCCAACUCGAAGGAGGGCUACCGUCUUCCCGUCGUCGCCCGCAACCCCCUCGCUGAAGCCCUCAAUAUCGAUUCGUCUACACCUGUCUUCGCCGCUCCCUAUGUGCUCGACGACUACGGCUCCGGCGCGGUUAUGGGUGUGCCAGGCCACGACACGCGCGACCAUUCCUUCUGGAAGACCAAUGCUGGAGACGAGCCUAUCAAGGUCGUCAUAACCGCCAAGCAAGGUUCUCCAGCGUCUGUCAACCCCGAGCAAGCUAUGACUGCCAGAGGCUUCGUCGCUGCUGACGUCCCCGAGUUUGCGAACAUGGACUCGACAACAGCUGUGACGAAGAUGGUUGAGAAGUUGCAAUCCUCAGGGAAGCGCGCGGAGCAGACCACAAACUGGCGCCUGCGCGACUGGCUUAUCAGUCGCCAGCGAUACUGGGGCACGCCCAUACCCAUCGUCCACUGCCACUCAUGCGGCCCCGUGCCUGUGCCCGACACCGACCUUCCAGUCAAGCUACCCAACCUGCCCGACAGCUUCUUCCAGGGCAGGUCGGGUAACCCACUUGCGGAGGACGAGAACUGGAAGAAGACGUCAUGUCCCAAGUGCGGCUCGCCAGCUGAGCGCGAGACCGACACCAUGGACACCUUCAUGGACUCGUCAUGGUACUUCUUCCGAUUCCUGGAUCCAAAGGGCGCCUCGGUUGUGGAACCUGAAAAGGCGAACCAUGGCAUGCAAGUCGACCUCUACGUGGGCGGUGUCGAGCACGCAAUCCUGCACCUCUUGUACGCCCGCUUCAUCUCAAAGUUUCUUGCUACGACACCCCUGUGGCCGUCAGGCCAGGCGGUCCACGGCGAGCCGUUCAGACAGCUCAUCACACAGGGCAUGGUGCACGGGCAGACCUUCACUGACCCCGCGACUGGCCGCUUUCUGAAGCCGGACGAGGUCGACACAACAGACCCUCAACAUCCCGUAAUCAAAGCAAGUGGAGCGGUCCCCAACGUCAGCUUCGAGAAGAUGUCCAAGAGUAAGUACAACGGCGUGGACCCGGGCGCCACAAUCGCCAAAUACGGCGCUGAUGUCACCCGCGCACACAUGCUGUUCCAGGCCCCGAUCACCGACGUGCUGGAGUGGGACGAGACGAAAAUCACCGGCGUCCAGCGCUGGCUCCACCGCGUCAUCCGGCUGUCCAGCGCCUCCUGGUUCCCCGACCAAGAGCUCGAGCUCUUCAAACCCCCCACCGACCACGACGAACCCCUCCGCAGCAUCGUCGCCCGCUUCCACGCCACCAAGUCCAAGUACCCCCGCCCUCGACACCCCAGAGGACCUCGUCGCGCUCCUCAAACCCGACGAAGCCCUCCUCUGGACCGCCGCCCAGCGCACCAUCUCCUCCGUCACCACCGCCUACGCCACCACCUACUCCCUCAACACCGUCAUCUCCGACCUCAUGUCCCUCACAAACCGCAUCUGGGACACCCCGCACGUCUCCGCGCUCACCCCCUGGCUCAAAUGGGCCGCCACCACCACGCUGCUGCGCCUCCUGGCCCCCGUCGCCCCCGGCGCCGCUGACCACGCCUGGCACGCGCUGCACGCCCACGCGCGCUUCAUCCCGCCCGCGCGCACCCCGCCCUCGGUCACCAUCUGCGGUUUCCCGGCACCCGUCGACAAGCACCUCGUCCCCGCCCUCGACCCGACACGUAUGUGCGCCGUCCAGUUCGACGGGCGCCGCCGCUUCGCGAUCCCGGUGUUCAAAACUCGGCUGGGCGAUACGGCCCGUGCGCGCAGGGUGCAGGAGCAGGCUAUUAUCAGAAACAUAGCGGAGUCGCCCGAGGGCCAGGUCUGGUUGAAGCGCGAGGGGGGCAGGUGCUGGGAGAUGAGUAGGACCAAGGUCCCCGACGAGGUGUAUAAGGAGGUGCCGAGUGAUUGGCGGGUGGUGGUUGUGGGGCGGAGGUUGGUGAAUUUUGUUAGUCCGCGGGAUCCGAAGAUUAAGAAGA